AUGAACGUGGACGAGGUUGAGGACCGCGAUGGUGUGCGGCUAUCGUGGAAUGUAUGGCCUUCGUCGAAGCUGGAGGCGACGCGCACCGUCGUCCCCGUCGCAGCGCUGUACACGCCGCUUAAGGAGCGCGCUGACCUGCCGCCUGUCCUGUACGAGCCGGUGAUGUGCAAGCCGCCGUGCCGCGCGGUGUUGAACCCGUACUGCCAGGUGGACGUGCGUGGCAAGCUGUGGAUCUGCCCGUUCUGCUUGUCGCGCAACCCGUUCCCGCCGCACUACAAGGACAUUAGCACGACCAAUCUGCCCGCGGAGUUGCUGCCCAAGUACACGACGAUCGAGUACACGCUGAGCCGCACGUCGCAGAUCCCGCCCAUCUUCAUGUUCGUGGUCGACACAUGCAUGGAGCCGGAUGAUCUCAAGGCGCUCAGCGAGUCGCUCGUGGUCAGCCUCAGUCUGCUGCCGCCUAACGCGCUCGUCGGCCUGGUGACGUUUGGAACGGUCGUUCAGGUGCACGAACUGGGCUACGAGAACUGCCCCAAGAGCUUUGUAUUCCGCGGCUCGAAGGACUACUCGCCCAAGAGUAUCCAGGACAUGCUGGGCCUCACGCCCGGCGCGCGGCCGACGCCAGGCAGCGGCCCAUCGCAGCCGCGCGCGGCACCGAGCGGCCAGAUCGGCGCGACGCGCUUCUUGCUUCCGGUGUCGCAGUGCGAGUACCAGCUGACGAGCAUCCUCGAGCAGCUGCAGCGCGACCCGUGGCCCGUGGCGAACGACAAGCGCCCGCAGCGCUGCACGGGCGCUGCGCUCAGCGUCGCAGUCGGCCUGCUUGAGAGUGCGUUCCAGAACACGGGCGCGCGCGUGAUGCUCUUCUGCGGUGGGCCCUGCACGGAGGGCCCCGGACAGGUCGUCUCGACCGAGCUGCGCGAGCGAAUUCGCUCGCACCACGACAUCGAGAAGGACAACGUCAAGUUCUUUAAGCGCGCGGUGCGCUUCUACGAGAACCUGGGCCGCCGCGCUGCCACGAAUGGGCAUGCGAUUGACGUGUUUUCGGGCUGCCUGGACCAGGUCGGCCUGCUCGAGAUGCAUGCGCUGUGCAAUGUCACGAACGGGCACCAGCUGCUCGUCGACAGCUUCCAGAUGGGUAUCUUCAAGCAGAGCUUCCAGAAGAUCUUUGACAAGGACGAGCAUGGGCACCUGCAGAUGGGCUUCAACGCCACGCUCGAGGUGCAGUGCACGAAGGAGCUCAAGGUGAGCGGCCUCAUCGGCCACGCCAUCUCAGCGAACAAAAAGUCGGCGAGCGUGGGCGAGACGGAGAUUGGCAUCGGCCAAACGGCCGCGUGGAAGAUGUGCUCGGUGACGCCGCGCACGAGUGCGGGCGUGUACUUCGAGGUGGCGACGCCGGCUGGCCAGCCACUGCAGCCUGGCGCGCGGGGGCUGGUCCAGUUUGUGACGCACUACCAGCACGCAUCGGGGCAGUUCCGCCUGCGUGUGACGACGAUUGCGCGCAACUUUGCGGACGGCGAGUCGGGUCACAUUGGCCUCUCGUUCGACCAGGAAGCCGCAGCUGUGCUCAUGGCGCGUAUUGCCGUGUUCAAGGCGGAGAUCGACGACAGUCCCGACGUGCUGCGCUGGCUCGACCGCAUGCUGAUCCGCCUGUGCCAGAAGUUUGCCGAGUACCGCAAGGACGACCCGACGAGCUUCCGCCUGAGCGAGAAUUUCAACAUCUACCCCCAGUUCAUGUUCCACCUGCGCCGCAGCCAGUUCCUGCAGGUGUUUAACAACUCGCCGGACGAGACGGCGUACUACCGGCACGUACUCAACUGCGAGGACGUGAACAACUCGCUCAUCAUGAUCCAGCCGACGCUCAUGUCGUACGGAUUCGAGGGGCCGCCAACGCCCGUGCUGCUCGACUCGAUGUCGAUUCGCCCCGACGUUGUGCUGCUGCUCGAUACGUUCUUCCACCUGCUCAUCUUCCAUGGCGAGACCAUCGCGCAGUGGCGCAAGGCGGGGUACCAGGACCAGGAGGGCUACGAAAACUUCCGCGAGAUCCUCGAGAUGCCACAGACCGAUGCGCAGGAGCUCCUGCUCGAGCGCUUCCCGAUCCCCCGCUAUAUUGUGUGCGACCAGAACGGCUCGCAGGCACGCUUCCUUCUCUCCAAGCUGAACCCGUCCACCACACACAUGACCGGCGGCGCCUACGGCGCCGGCGCGCAGGGCGCCGCCAUCUUUACCGACGACGUCAGCCUCCAGGUGUUCAUGGAGCACCUCAAGCGCCUCGCCGUCGGCGCCAACAGUGGAUAG